AUGUCCAUUUUUAAAGUCUUGCUUUUCAUUCUGUUCGUGGCCGGCGAUUCCCUGAGUGAACAAGAAGCUUUAAAACCCAACUGCACUGCAGUUGAGGACUUUAAGGCCUGCCUGGGUAAUACAGACAACUUCUGUCCUACCAAUAUUUCUUGUCAAUGUAAGAAUGAAAAACCUUUUUGCAGAUGUGAUUACUUCAGAGUGGACUGGAAGGAGUAUUGGUACAUGGGUCCCAAAUGUAACCACCUUUGGAACACUCUAGAUUUGAUUUUAGUAACUAUUCUUCCUGCAGUAGCACUGGUUAUCAUAGUUGUUGGAAUAUUUUACUGCGUCUACUACUGCAAAAAUGAAAAAGCUGGGAACGAGACACAUCCUCCAUACCGUGAAGCACAAUAUAAUCCUGGAUUUAGUGCUGAAACAGCUGGUAACGUGGGGCACGUUUAUCAGGAGUCGCCAAGGGAUGUCUGGGUUCGACAAAUUCCAAAAGUUGUACUGAGACAACAAGACUUUGAUGAUGACCCAACCCCACAUCAAUUAGAGAAUUACAGCUCCAUGCAUCCUCAGCCAUUAAGGAGACCAGAUCCAGCAACAGACCAUUUUUCUAACCAGCGACCUCAAAAUGAGAAAUUGGGCGAUCCAAGGAAUAAUUUUCCUUAUGCAGGUUAUGCAGAAGGGAGACAGUAUCGGAAAUACUAA